AUCGCGCAAACUUCGUCUCGACUUUUUCCGCGUUCACUGUCGGCGACCAACCAGGCCUCACCACUUCUAGCAUCUCAGCAUAAUGGCAUUCGGUGUGUUCCUGACGUUACACAUAGCGCAACGUGCCGGGUCACUCAAUUGGUGUCUGUUGCAGGUGCUCCCGGCGGUCGCGGCGGUUUCGGUGGUGGUUUCGGCAGCAGAGGCGGAGGAGGAGGACGAGGGGCUCCUCGUGGGGGUGGUGCAAGAGGCGGUAGAGGCGGAGGGCGAGGCGGCGGACGGGGUGGCAUUAUGAAGCGCGGAGGUCCUCCCGGACGUGGUGGUGGUGGACGAGGCGCACCUCGCGGCCGUGGCGGCAGGGGUGGUGCGCGAGGCGGCGCAAUACAUCCAGGUGUCUUCAUCGCCAAGGGCAAGGAUCAAAUGCUCGUCACGAAGAACCUCGUGCCAGGCGAGGCAGUCUAUGGCGAGAAGCGAAUAUCGAUUGACGGAGGCGUUGAUGGGACGAAGGUGGAAUAUCGUGUAUGGAACCCGUUCCGUAGCAAGCUCGCGGCAGGCGUGCUGAACGGCUUGGACGACAUCUACAUCGCACCUGGAAAGAAGGUGCUCUACCUCGGUGCUGCGAGCGGCACAAGUGUCAGUCACGUAGCGGAUAUUGUUGGACCUGAGGGCACGGUGUACGCCGUCGAGUUCUCGCUGCGUUCCGGGCGUGAUCUCAUCAACAUGGCAAAAAAAGGACAAAUGUCACCGUCAGUCCACUUGUCAAAAUGUGUUAUAAUUCAAUGGCACUUACAUAUCAAUAGCAAUUGUCGAGGAUGCUCGGCUACCCAGAAGUAUCGCAUUCUUGUGGACAUGGUCGAUGUGAUCUUCGCGGAUGUCGCACAGCCUGACCAGGCUCGAAUCGUCGCUCUCAACGCAGACAUUUCCUCAAAAACGGCGGCCACAUAUUGUAUCGACUCGACCAUUCCUGCGGAGAAGGUGUUCGCUUCGGAGGUUCAGAACCUCAAGGAGAGCAAACUCAAGCCCCUUGAGCAGGUCACAUUGGAGCCAUAUGAACGUGACCAUGCAAUGGUGACUGCUGUGUACCAACGCUUCAAGUAGUGCUUGGCGGUUCACUCUAUUUACGUCCUUCUCUACCUUCUGCCGAUCGUGCGUGUAGCCUGUAUUCUCUGUACUUACACCAAAAGUAUCUCGCUCGCAUUUUGCUCUCUGCUGUAUGGAUUCAGUUGCAUCACUUAUGGUAUCUGCUUGAG